AUGGCUACGAGCAUUAACGGUUACUACGACGUUCCGGAGGGAGUGGACGUGAGGGGGAGGUACGACGCCGACUUCGCGGCGGCGAUCCUCACGGCGGAGGCGCUGCGGUUCGUGGCCGAGCUGCACCGGGAGUUCCGCGGGCGGGUCCGGCACGCGAUGGGACGGCGCCGUGAGGCCCAGCGCAGGUACGACGCCGGCGCAGUCCCGGGGUUCGAUCCCGCGACGAGGCUCGUCAGGGAAGGGGAGUGGGCGUGCGCGCCGGUGCCGCCGGCGAUCGCCGACCGCACGGUGGAGAUCACCGGCCCGGCCGAGAGGAAGAUGGUCAUCAACGCCCUCAAUUCUGGGGCAAAGGUCUUCAUGGCUGACUUUGAGGACGCGCUCUCGCCGAGCUGGGAGAACCUGAUGAGGGGGCAGGUCAACCUGCGGGACGCGGUCGGCGGCACGAUCAGCUUCUACGACGAGUCCCGGAACAAGCUGUACAAGCUCAACGAUGACAAGCUCGCGACGCUCUUCGUCCGGCCCCGGGGAUGGCACCUGCCGGAGGCCCACAUUUUCGUCGACGGCGAGCCCGCCAUCGGCUGCCUCGUCGACUUCGGGCUCUACUUCUUCCACAACCACGCCGCGUUCCGCGCCACCCAGGGGGAGGGCUUUGGGCCCUUCUUCUAUCUCCCAAAGAUGGAGCACUCCAGGGAGGCAAAGAUAUGGAACGACGUAUUCGAGAGAUCGGAGAAGUUUGCGGGGAUUGAGAUGGGGAGCAUUCGGGCGACGGUGCUGAUCGAGACGCUCCCGGCGGUGUUCCAGAUGGAUGAGAUACUCUACGAGCUGCGGGACCACUCGGUCGGCCUCAACUGCGGCAGGUGGGACUACAUCUUCAGCUACGUCAAGACCUUCCGGGCGCACCCCGACCGCCUCCUCCCCGACCGCGUCCACGUCGGCAUGGCCCAGCACUUCAUGCGCUCCUAUUCCGACCUCCUCAUCCGCACGUGCCACCGCCGCAGCGUCCACGCCAUCGGCGGCAUGGCGGCGCAGAUUCCGGUGAAGGAUGACGCAGCGGCAAACGAAUCAGCACUCGAUCUCGUCCGGCAGGACAAGCUGCGCGAGGUCCGCGCCGGCCAUGACGGCACGUGGGCAGCCCACCCGGCGCUGAUCCCGGCCAUCGCGGCUGUGUUCGCUGCCCACAUGCGCGACGGCGCCCCCCACCAGAUCCGCACCGCCGACCGCGACGACGCCUCUACGGUCUCCGAACACGACCUCCUCCGCCCGCCGCACGGGCCGCGGACGCUCGGCGGCCUCCGGCUCAACACUCGCGUCGGAAUCCAGUACCUGGCGGCGUGGCUCGUGGGGACCGGCUCGGUGCCGCUGUACAACCUGAUGGAGGACGCCGCGACGGCGGAGAUCAGCAGGGUGCAGAACUGGCAGUGGAUCAGGUACGGAGUCGACGUCGACGCGGACGGAGUGGCGGUGGCGGUGACGCGGGAGUUGUUUGCGAGGGUGUUGGAGGAGGAGAUGGCGGGGAUUGAAAGGGCAGUCGGGACGGAGAUGUUCCGGAGAGGGAGGUAUCGGGAGGCGGCGAGGAUAUUCGCCCGGCAGUGCACGGCAGCGGAGCUCGACGAUUUUCUGACGCUCGAUGCGUAUGACAGGAUUGUCGUCCUCCACCCUGCGUCGGCGUCGGCGUCGGCGUCCAGGCUCUGAACAGAAGCAGAUCUAAGAAGAAUUGCUGGAAGUGUGUAGGUUAAUUUGAGGGUUCUGCUUCUGCAUGCAGGUGUUCGGUUGCUGCUGUUUGUGUUGAGGCUUCAAUGAAAUGAGAGAUAAGUGUUUUACACAGAAACAAUAACUUAAAUAAACUAGCUUUUUAUGGCUUAGAAUUAUCUUAUUGUUUUUAACUUAAUCUUCGCAAGUUCAAAUGAUGAUAAACUAUACGCCGAAUAGCUGUUACAGCAAAUAAUUUUUUUUUAAUUGGAAAAUGCUUUGUUUUUAUUGGCAGCUAAAUACGAAGUAAUUAGACUUCAAAUUGCAUUUGCAAAACAAUAAUAACUAGUGUAGU